AUGAAUCGGGACAACGUAUUCAGUGGCACCAAACAGACCAACCCGGUGCAGAAUGCGUCGUUCCUAUCGAAGCGUACCUUCUGGUGGCUGCGCGACACGUUCCGCAGUGGCCAGCGGAAGGAAAUCACCGAGGAGAAGCUGUACGCCACGCUGCCGGAGCACAGCAGCCACGAGCUGGCGAACAUGUUUGAGCGCCUAUGGUCCGAGGAAGAACAGCGCGGCCCGGGACGGGCCAGCUUCGCGCGGGUUUACUGGCGUGCGUUCGGCCCGCAGACCCUGUUUUGGGGUCUGAUGUUCUCGGUGUUCGAAACCGCGAACCGGGUGGCGCAACCUUUGUUGCUGGGCGAGCUGGUGUCCUACUUCACGCCGAACCAGAACGAGAUUAGUGAGCGCGACGCGUACUGGUAUGCGGCCGGCGUUAUCGCGUGCUCACUACUGUCGGUCAUAUCGUUUCAUCCGUUCAUCUUCUACAUCUUCCAGCUGGGGAUGAAGGUUCGCAUUGGCGCCUCGUGCUUAAUUUACAACAAGGUACUUAAACUCUCGAAAUCUACCAAUGACGGCGAUGGGCUCAAUGGAAAGAUCAUCAAUCUGCUGUCGAACGACGUGGGAAAGUUCGAUAUUGCCCUCGCCUUCCUGCACGACCUGUGGAAAGGUCCGAUGGAAGCGAUACUGCUCGGUUACUUCAUCUACCGGCAGAUCGGGUACUCGGGCCUGCUCGGCGUGGCCUUUCUGCUCAGCUUCAUCCCGCUGCAGGCGUGGGUCGGCAAGCGGACCGCGACUUACCGGAUGAAGUCCGCCAAGCGUACCGAUAUACGGGUCCGGCUCAUGAACGAAAUAAUUCAGGGUAUCCAGGUGAUCAAAAUGUACACCUGGGAAAGCUCGUUCGCCAAGAUGAUCGAGGGUGUCCGGCGGAAGGAAAUCCACGCGAUUCGGGGUAGCGCAUACGUGCGGGCAACGCUCAUGUCCUUCUUCACCGUGUCGCGCAUUUCCAUCUUCAUCAGCCUGCUGUCGUACACGGUGACCGAGAACGUGAUCACCGCCAAAAAGGUGUUUAUCGUGACGUCGUUCUACACCAUCCUCAACGACUCGAUGGUGUACUUCUGGCCAAUGGCCAUCACGGUCUGUGCGGAGGGAUACAUCUCGCUGAAGCGCAUCCGAGACUUUUUGCUCACGCCCGAAGGGAAGCGGCGACCGGCGGUCGCGGAGGAACCGGCGGCAGGCGAGCAAACGACGAAACAUAAAAAGAAGACGGCAAGUCCGGCGGCAGCGAAGGGAAAGUCGACUCAGCAGCAGCAAAAUGGGGGCGAGGAUAAGUCGGUGAAGCUGCCGAAGGACGAUGAAGUGUCCCGGGAACCGCUGCUACCGAAGCGCGUCGUCCGGACGGACGAAGGCGACAGGCGAGGGAUUGUGCUGAAUAAUGUGACCGCUCGUUGGACGAUUCCAACGGCGCCGGACGCCGAAGGUGGAGGCGAUGCUCCGGAUGAGAGAACGAACGUUGGCAUCGAAGCGAUCAGUCUCACGGUGGAACCGGGAAAGUUGUGUGUCCUCGUGGGACAAGUUGGUUCCGGAAAAUCGACGAUGCUGCAGGUGCUGCUCGGUGAGCUGGAGCUCGAUGAAGGUAGCGUGGAAAUUGACGGUACCAUCAGCUACGCCGCGCAGGAACCAUGGCUCUUUGAGGGCAGUGUCCGUAACAAUAUUCUGUUCAUGGAACCGUACGAUGAGCGGCGGUAUUUGCAGGUGGUCCGCGUUUGUGCCCUUGAACGCGACUUUGAACUGUUCCCGCACGGUGAUCAAACGAUCGUCGGCGAACGAGGAAUUAGCCUAAGUGGAGGGCAGAAGGCACGGGUCAACCUGGCCCGUGCCGUGUAUCGCCGGGCGGACAUCUACCUCCUGGACGAUCCCCUGUCCGCCGUCGAUACGCACGUUGGGACGCACAUCUACGAGCGGUGCAUCCGCGAGAUGCUCGCCAACCGUGUCUGUGUGCUUGUGACGCACCAGCUGCAGUAUCUAAAGGACGUGCAGCAGAUAGUGUUGAUGGCCGCCGGGCGCGUGGAGGCCGUCGGGAGCUACCGGGAGCUGAAGAAGUCCAACAUUGAGUCACUGUUGGCCCUCACGCCGGACGAAUCGCACACCGAGAGCCCACUCGAGCGCGAGCUGAACGCCAAGAGGCUGCGAAGAACCAGUGGCUCAUCGUCGGGCUCGCAGAGCCGAAACGAUUCCCUGUUGGGUGACUUUAUGCACGGUGAAAAGCAGGAGGAGGAAAAAGAAUCUCAAGGCGGUACCGGGAGUGUUGGUCUGUCCGUUUACAAGUCCUAUGUGACGGCCGUCGACAGCUGGGGAUGGAUCUUAUGGAUCACCACCCUGAUGCUGGUGUCGCAGAUUAUCAUUAGCGGAGUCGACAUCUUUGUGGCUGAGUGGGUGAACUGGGAAGAGCGCAUUGCCGGCGAUCCGCUGGAGGUCGACUUGAGCGGAAACCACACGAUCCUGAGCUCGCGUGACGUGCGAAUCUUGUUGCGCGAGCAGAAGGAGGUGAGCAACUAUUUCGAGCGCCAACAGUUCAUCUGGAUCUACAGUGCGUUGAUUGUGCUGGUGGUGGUGGUCGUGGUCAAACGGGCGUUCUCAUUCUUCUACGUCUGCUUGCGCAUUUCGAUGAACCUCCACGAUCGGCUGUUCCGAGGACUGACACGGGCAACGAUGCACUUCUUCAACACGAACCCCUCGGGCAGGAUAUUGAACCGGUUUUCGAAGGACAUCGGGUCGAUCGAUUCCGCCCUGCCGAUGGCACUGUUUGACUGUAUUACGUUUUUCCUCGAAAUGAUUGCCGUAGUGGCGGUGGUAUCGAUCGUCAACUACUGGUUCCUUCUGCCGACCGCCGUAGUCGCCGUGGUGAUGUUCUACAUCCGCCAGAUCUAUCUCAAUACGUCGCGCGUGGUAAAGCGGAUCGAGUCCGUGAACCGAUCGCCCAUCUUCACCCACACGAACGCCACCCUGCAGGGCCUGUCGACGAUCCGAGCCUUCGGGGCAGAGUCGGCACUGAAGCGCGAGUUCAACGACUUUCUCAACGUUAACUCGUCCGCGUGGUACAUGUUCCUCUCGACGUCCCGUGCCUUUGCCCUGUGGCUCGACCUCAUCUGCGUGCUGUACAUUGGUGUGGUAACGGUCAGCUUCCUGAUCGGUGGUCAGGACACGCUCGGCGGUAGCGUGGGACUGGCCAUCACCAAGACCAUCAGCCUGGUGGGCAUGUGUCAGUGGGGGAUGCGGCAAUCGGCCGAACUCGAAAACCAGAUGGUGUCGGUUGAGCGCGUCCGCGAGUACACGAAUCUACCGUCAGAGCCGCCGCUCGAAACGGCACCCAAGUACCGGCCGCCGCGCAACUGGCCCGAACACGGUACGGUGCGGUUCACCAACGUCGAUCUGCGCUACUCCGAGGACGGAGAGCGGGUGCUGAAGGAUCUCAACUUUGUGAUCCGACCCUGCGAGAAGGUUGGCAUCGUGGGACGCACCGGUGCGGGCAAAUCGUCCCUCAUACAGGCCCUCUUCCGCUUGGCACCAUUCGAGGGUAGCAUCGAGGUGGACGAUAUCGACACGAAGACGCUAGGGUUGCGCGACUUGCGCAGCAAAAUAUCCAUCAUUCCCCAGGAUCCGAUCCUGUUCUCGGGCACACUGCGCAGCAACUUGGACCCCUUCGAGGAGCGCAAAGACGACGAACUGUGGAGCGCACUGGAUCAGGUCGAGCUGAAGGAGGCGGUCUCAUCGCUGGCCGGUGGUCUCGAGUGCCGAAUGUCCGACGGCGGCAGUAACUUUAGUAUGGGCCAGCGACAGCUCGUCUGUCUGGCUCGUGCCAUUCUGCGCAACAACAAAAUUCUCGUCCUCGACGAAGCCACUGCCAACGUGGACCCGGAAACGGAUAAACUCAUUCAGACCACCAUUCGCAGCAAGUUUGCGCACUGCACAGUAUUGACCAUCGCCCAUCGGCUGCACACGGUCAUGGACAGCGACCGAGUGCUGGUUAUGGAUGCGGGGCGCGUGGUGGAGUUUGGCCACCCGCACGAGCUGCUGCACGGUCCGAUCGGAUAUCUGCGGCGGCUCGUCGACCAAACCGGUGUAGCUACGGCGGCCAUGUUGAUGCGUACUGCCGAGGAGAGCUUCAAAAAAACGAGCGCCAAACAAUCGGAAGCCACUGAUAGUGCGGGCGAUAAGGGUGAAGAUUUGCCGAACCCGGUAAUGCGGGCGAACCUCGUCUCGUGGUACACGUUCUGGUGGCUGAAGAACCUGUUCCAGACGGGCCUGAAGCGGCCGAUCGAAGAAACCGACAUCUAUGACACGCUGUCGCAGCACCAGAGCGCCCAGCUGGCGUACGAGUUCGAGAGGCAGUGGAAGCAGGAGCGGAAACGGAACCAGCAAAGUUCGAGCUUCCUGCGCGUCAUCUGCCGCAUCUACUGGCGCCACAUCCUGGGCUACGGAUCGAUGUACACGAUCGUCGACCUGAUGGCGCGAAUCCUACAGCCGCAGUGCCUGGGCGGGUUGGUGUCGUACUUUGCACCGGGCCAGAGCACCAUCGGCAAGCGCGAGGCGUACUACUACGCGACCGGCAUCAUCCUGUGCUCGUUCGUCCCGGUGGCCAUCUUUCACCACUUCAUACUGUACAUUUUCCAAAUCGGCAUGAAGAUCCGCGUCGCGUGCUGCUCGCUGCUGUACAAGAAGGCACUGCGGAUUACGAAAGCCGCCGCGACGGACGGGAUGACCGGCCAGGUUAUCAAUCUGAUGUCGAACGAUGUGGCCAAGUUCGACAUCGCCACCGGAUUCGUCCACGACAUCUGGAAGGGCUUGAUCGAGCUGCUCGUGCUCGGGUACUUCAUCUACCAGCAGAUCGGCGUGACGGGACUGUUCGGGAUUGCGUUUUUGCUUAGCUUCAUUCCACUGCAAGCAUGGCUCGGCAAGAGGGCGGCCACGUUCCGGCUGAAGACGGCGAACCGCACCGACCGGCGGAUACAGUUCAUGAACGAAAUCAUCCAGGGCAUCCAGGUGAUUAAGAUGUACGCCUGGGAGGGCAGCUUCAGCCGCACGGUGGACCGCAUCCGGCGGAAGGAGGUGGCCGGCAUCCGGGGCACGCUCUUCAUCCGGGCCGGGCUACUAUCGUUCAAUCUCGUGUCCCGGGUGGCGAUCUUCCUCAGCCUGUGCGCGUACGUCCUGCACGGCAACGCGUUCACCGCCAAGAAGGUGUUCAUCGUGACGUCCUACUUCAACUGGCUGUACAGCUCGAUGCUCCACUUCUGGCCGCUGGCGCUGACAUCCGUGCACGAGGGUCUGGUCUCGAUAAGGCGCAUCGAGGGCUUUCUGCUGCUGGCGGAAAAGAAGUUCCAGCCGGGCGCCGGCCGCCGGAAGGCUGCCCCCGUGCCGGGCGCGCCAGAUGAAAGCGAGCUUCGGCUGCUGACCGGCCCCAGCAACGGGCCCGGAGGCCCCGGGACGCUCGACCAGGUGGCAAACGCAAACGGUGGUGUGGUCGUCGUCGACGGUGGGCCACCGCAAAGCAAGCGCUUCGUCAACCGCAAGGCCGUUACGCGGCACGGCAUCUUUAUGCGCGACGGUACGGCACUCUGGGAGAAGGAACCGGCCUGUGACUCGGAUGGACUGCUGCGAGGAAAUGGGCUCCGAGGUGUAACGUUGGCGGUGGAACGGGGUGCGCCGUGCGUGGUGGUCGGACCGGUGGGCUGCGGCAAGUCAACGCUGCUGCAGGUCGUGCUCGGCGAGCUGGAGCUCGACGAGGGCCGGCUCGAGGUGAACGGCAGCGUGAGCUACGCCCCGCAGGAACCGUGGCUGUUCGAGGGCACGGUCAAGAACAACAUCGUCUUCACGGAGGACUACCAGGAGAAGCGGUACCGGGAGGUGGUGCGCGUGUGCGCCCUCGAGCGCGACUUUCGGCUGCUACCGGCCGGCGACCAAACGGUGGUCGGCGAGCGCGGCAUCAGCCUGAGCGGGGGCCAGCGGGCCCGCGUCAGUCUGGCGCGGGCCGUGUACCGGCGGGCGGACAUCUACCUCCUGGACGACCCGCUCUCGGCCGUCGACACGCACGUCGGGAAGCACAUCUUCGAGCAGUGCAUCCUGCAGUACUUAAAGGACAAAGUUUGCGUGCUGGUAACGCACCAACUUCAGUACUUAAAGGACAUCGAGCAUGUCGUGCUAAUGAACGUGGGGCGCGUCGAAGCGCAGGGCGCGUUCCGGGCGCUGGCCGCGACCGGCAAGUUCUCGGCGCUGCUGGACCAGACCCAGGACGGGCCCCCGGACGUGCGGGAGCCGCCGUCCGGUGGGGAGCUGGACGAUGACGCAUCGCCACUUGACGCCACCCAAGGCAAGGAUAAUGGCCGUCCGACGCUCCGCCACUCGGAUAGUGUCGUGAGCGGUGGCGGAAUUGAAUACGAUACCAUCGGGAACAGCAUUGACAGUGGGAUUGCUAGGGGCACCACCGGUGGAACCGAUUCACGCCGUAAUGUCACGCCGACAGUGCAACCGACGCCGGCCCAGCACCAGCCGGCCCACCAGCAGCACCAAUCGCUCUAUCAACCGUCCCCGUUCUCGUCGAGCAGCAUGGUGUUCGAUGGGUUCGACGAACGCCCGAAACCGGCGGCGGUGGCCAAUGGGCAGGCCGGCACGGCAGGCAAGGAAUCUCAACUGACCGGGCAGGUGGGCUGGCGGGUGUACCGUAGCUUUUUCCAGGCGGUCGAAAGUAACCUGCUGCUAGCGCUGGCCGUCGCCCUGUUCCUGCUGGCCCAGGCCAGCAUGAGCGGCAUCGAUUACUACAUCUCGCAGUGGGUCAACUGGGAGGAGUACGUCAGUGCGCUGGAGCGUUUGCGGGCUAACGUGACGGCGGUCGUACCGGAAGAGGGUACCGGUAACGCCACCGAUCCACUGCUGCCGAUACCGGCCAAGCUGGCCGGGAGCAUCUUCACCCGGAUGUCGCGCCACGAGUACAUCCUUACGUACGGCAUCGCGAUGCUGCUCAUGUUCGGGCUCUCGCUGAGCAGAUCGUUCCUGUUCUUCUACGUGUGCCUGCGGGCCACGAUCCGGCUGCACGAUCGCCUGUUCCGGGGCAUCACCCGGGCCACCAUGUACUUCUUCAACACGAACCCGUCCGGCCGGAUACUGAACCGGUUUUCGCGCGAUAUCGGCUGCAUCGAUACGUUCCUGCCGUUCGCCAUGAUGGACUGCAUUCUGUUCUUCGUAGAGUUCUCCGCCAUCAUCGUGCUCGUGGCGGUGGUGAACUGCUGGCUCCUGCUGCCGACGGCUGUCAUGGGGAUCGCUUUCUACUGUCUGCGCCACGUGUACACUAACACGGCGCGGAGCAUCAAACGGGUGGAGGCAUCCAGGCUCACGACGAUCCGGGCGUUCGGCGUGGAGAAAAUUCUGGCCGACGAGUUCGACAAGCACCAGGACCUGAACACCUCCGCGUGGUACCUCUUCCUCGCGACGACCCGUGCCUUCGCCCAGUGGCUGGAGAUGGUGUGCGUGCUGUACAUUGCGGUCGUCACGCUCAGCUUUUUGCUAGUCGAGGACUCGAUGAGCGGCAACGUCGGGCUGGCCAUCACACAGGUGUUCAACCUGAUCUUCAUGUGCCAGUGGGGCAUGCGGCAGACGGCGGAGCUCGAGAACCAGAUGACGUCCGUGGAGCGAGUGCUCGAGUACGCUGAGGUGCAACCGGAGCCACCGCUCGAGACGAGCCCUAAGCACGCCCCAGAGCCCGGUUGGCCCACCGCUGGCGCCAUACGGUUCCAGCAGUUCUCGCUCCGCUACUCCCCGCAGGCCGCCGUGGUGCUGCGUGACCUCAACCUGGCAGUGGGUGCCGGCGAGAAGGUCGGCAUCGUCGGCCGGACCGGGGCCGGCAAAUCUUCCAUCAUCCAAGCGCUGUUCCGGCUGGCGGUGAACGAGGGCCUCGUGUACGUGGACGGUGUGGACAUUGGCUCGCUCGGGCUGCACGAUCUGCGCCAGCGCAUCUCGAUCAUCCCGCAGGACCCGAUCCUGUUCUCUGGCACGGUGCGCGAAAACUUGGACCCGUUCCGGCAGCACGUCGACACCGAGCUGUGGACGGCCCUCGAGCAGGUGGAGCUCAAGGGUACGGUGCGGGCAAUGGACGGGGGUCUGGACGGGCGGAUGGCGGACGGUGGGUCGAAUUUUAGCAUGGGCCAGCGGCAGCUGGUCUGUCUGGCCCGGGCCAUCCUGCGCCGCAACCGCAUUCUGAUACUGGACGAGGCGACGGCCAACGUGGACCCGGAGACGGACAAACUCAUCCAGCGGACCAUCCGGGAGCAGUUCGGCGAGUGCACCGUGCUGACGAUCGCCCAUCGCCUGCACACCGUGAUGGACAGCGACCGGGUGCUGGUGAUGGAUGCGGGUCGAGUGGUGGAGUUCUCGCACGCCCACGAACUACUCCAGCGCACGGCCGGGGCCCUGAAGCGGCUGGUCGGCCAAACGGAGCCCGCCACGGCGGAGGCCCUCGCGCAGAUGGCGCUCGAGAGCUACCAACGGCGACGGCUGACACAAUCGGGCUCGAAAGAACUGGACGCUGGAAGCUACCAGUUCCGAGUGGGAAGUGUUGUUCUCAGGUUGUCCGAAAUGGGAGCAUCGGCCGACGAGCAUCCUUACCUCGCCGCCAAUCCGAUUUCGAGAUACUUUUUCUGGUGGCUCCGGGGUUUGCUGCGUACCGGUCUGCGGAGACAGAUAGUGCCGGGCGACAUCUGUGAGAGUCUUCUUCCGGACCUUCGGAGUGCGACGAUUGGUGCCACGUAUAGGCGCCAGUGGGACCGAGAAGCGCCACACCUGCAGCCGCAGCAGAACGGUCGGUCGAUCGACGCCUGGAAAGCAUCGACCGGUGAUGGGGACGGCACCGGGAAGCAGCUGAAGGGGGACCCGGCGCCGUGGAGGCUCCUGCGGACCGUAUUACGCAUUCACGGGGCCGGCGUGCUGGCGUUUGGCUUCGCCUACAGCUCAAUCGAGUCCGCGUGCAGGAUUGGCCAACCGUUUUUGUUGGGCCAACUGAUCCUGUACUUUGACCAGCAGCGAGGGGCGGACGAAGCCGAUGGGGCGGCGCUGAGCCUUGCGCAAGCGUACGGAUAUGCGGUCGGAAUCGUGAUGACCGUAGUGGCUCCGAUGGCCCUGUUCCACACGUACCAACUCUACCUGCUGAAGGUGGCCACGAAGAUACGCCUCGGGUGCUGUUCCCUCAUCUAUGGCAAGGUACUGCGAUUAAGCGCCUCAACCGAGGGCCUGUCCGGCACGGUCCUGAACCUGAUGGCGAACGACGUGAGCCGGUUCGAUUACGCCGUCAUCUUCCUGCACGACCUCUGGAAGGGCCCGGUCGAGCUGGUCAUCGUGGCGGUGCUGGUUUACCGCGAAAUCGGAGCCGCCGGUCUGAUCGGGAUGGGCUUCCUGCUCCUGUUCCUGCCGGUCCAGGCGUGGCUCGGCCAGCGUUCGGCCGGCUGCCGCAUGGCAACCGCGCUGGCCACCGACGAGCGGGUGCGCUUCACGAACGAGGUGCUACGAGCCAUCCAGACCAUCAAAAUGUACGUCUGGGAGCGGCCGUUCGAGCAGAUCGUUCACCGGUUGCGCCGCAAGGAAAUCGGGGCCCUGCGGGGCAGCGCCCUCAUUCGGUCGGCCCUGUUUGCGCUGCGCAUCGUGCCGAAGGUGUCCUUGUUUCUUGCGCUCGUGUCGUACGCGUACCUCGACCACGCGCUCACCGCUCGCCGCGUCUACAUGCUCAUCUCGUUCUUCAGCGUCGUUCACCACUCGAUGGUGGAGUUCUGGCCACUGGCCGUGAUGUCCGCCGCCGAGGGUUGGACUUCCUUGCGGCGCAUCCAGUCAUUUUUGGUCCAAAGCAACGACGGGCCCCUGGAAGUCCGUCAAGUGGCGACCACUUCACCCCGGGCGGUCUCGGUGGAACUUGAAGAUGUGUCCACCUCCUGGGGCGACACUGGUUUUGCGCUCCACCACCUAACACUUGCCACUGGAGCGCCGGUUCAUCAAACGGUCGCCAUCGUCGGCAGUAUCGGGUCCGGUAAGUCAACGUUGCUCAACCUGAUCACGGGCGAGCAACGGGUCACCGGUGGCCGCAUCACAGUGCACGGCACGGUCAGCUACUGCUCCCAGCGACCCUGGAUCUUCGAGGGUUCCAUCCGCCAGAACGUGCUGUUUGUGGAGCCGUACGACGAGCGACGCUACCUAGGCGUGCUGCGAGUGUGUGCCCUCGAGCGGGACAUCCAGCUGUGGCCGGCGGGCGACGAGACGAUGGUGGGUGAACGGGGUGUCAGCUUGAGUGGCGGUCAGCGGGCACGCAUCAAUCUGGCCCGGGCGCUGUACCGCCGCGCGGACAUCUACCUCCUGGACGAUCCGCUCUCGGCCUGCGACACGCACGUCGCGAACCGAAUCUUCCAGGAGGCCAUCCGGACGUUUCUGGCUGGCCGGCUGUGUCUGCUGGUGACGCACCGGCUCAAGUAUGUCAGUGCGGUCGACCACAUUGUGCUACUGGACGGUGGCCGAAUCCUCGACCAGGGCAGCUACCUCGCCCUGAAGUCCCAUUUCGUCGGGCGUGACAGUGAAAUGGUGAGUGACGAACUCCCGGAGAAGUCCUCGGAGCCGACGGAUGACGUCGACCGGGAACCGGGAGCCUCACCCGAGGAACGUCAGCUCGGGGAGGGACAGGAAGAUGGUACGGUGCGGUUCGGUGUGUACACUGACUUCCUGAAGUCGGUCAAUAGUGUGCCGUUCGUCGUGCUGGUCGCCGCACUCAUGCUGGCGGCGCAGAUCGCAUCCACAGGAACCGACUACUUCGUGUUCAUAUGGGUCGAUUGGGAGGAAACCGUCGCCGGUACGGCGGAGGCCCACUGGACCACUACGGACCACGUGCUGCUGUACGCCGGGGCCAUCGGGCUCACCGUUCUGCUGACGGCGAACUGCUUCGCGUUCUUCGGCAUGUGCCUCCGGGCGUCACUCCACGUGCAUUCCGCCCUUUACCGGGGCGUGACGCACACGGCGAUGCAGUUUUUCACUGACAACAGCUCCGGCCGGGUGAUGAACCGUUUCUCGAAGGACAUCGGGCUCAUCGACGCGAACCUUCCGAUCGUCAUGGCCGACAGUCUCUACUUCUUCCUGGAGCUGGCUGGCAUCGUGACGAUUGUGGCGCUGGCCAACUACUGGCUACUCCUGCCGACCGCCAUCAUGGGGCUGGUGUUCUGCCUGCUGCGGUACGCGUUCCUUCGGACGGCGCGCAACGUCAAGCGCGUCGAAGCGAUCACCCGCAGUCCGGUCUUUGCGCACACGAACGUGACCGUGGAGGGUCUGGCCACGGUUCGGGCGUGCGCUGCCGAACGCCAGCUGGAGGCGGAAUUCCACCGGCACCAGGACCGCAACACGGCGGCCGGCUUCCUGUUCGGGGCGACGACACGGGGAUUCGCCUUCUGGCUGGACGUUGUCUGCACGCUCUACAUAGCGACCGUCGUGCUGAGCUUUCUGGUGAUUGGAAAUGAAAUCGUGAGCGGUAACGUGGGGCUGGCCAUCACGCAGGUGCUCAACCUGAUCGGGAUGUGCAACUGGGGCAUCCGGCAGACGGCGGAGCUCGAGAACCAGAUGACGUCCGUGGAGCGCGUGCUCGAGUACGCCCGGCUAGAACCGGAGCCCGACGUGGAGCCGCCUUCAGACGGCUCACCGCUGCCCGCCGAAGCUUGGCCCGAACGUCCCAGCAUCGUGUUCCGGGAUGUCACCCUGCGCUACACCGAGUCCCGGGCACCCGUCCUCAAGCAGUUGAGUUUCGAAAUCCAACCAAAGGAACGUGUCGGCAUCGUGGGACGCACCGGCGCGGGUAAGUCGUCAAUAAUUCAGGCCCUCUUUCGCCUGACGCCGCCACCGCCCGACGGCCGAGAUGGUAUCAUCGAGAUUGACAGAAUCAAUAUCGGGACGGUGCCGUUGCGGCGGUGCCGGAGCCGUAUCUCGAUCGUGCCCCAGGAUCCGGUCCUGUUCUCCGGCAGUUUGCGCACCAAUUUGGACCCGGACGGCCACCUGCCGGACGGGCGUCUGUGGCGAGCCCUCGAACAGGUGGAACUGAAGACUGCCGUCAGCGAGCUGGCCGGUGGGUUGAACAGCAAAGUGGCCGAAGGAGGCACCAACUUCAGUGCCGGCCAACGGCAGCUACUGUGCCUGGCGAGGGCCAUACUGCGUGACAGCAACAUACUGGUGCUGGACGAAGCCACGGCCAGCGUUGACCCCGGGACGGACCAGCUCAUUCAGCGUACGAUCCGGGCCGAGUUUGGGAACUGCACCAUCCUAACCGUGGCCCACCGGAUACACACGAUCCUGGACAGUGACCGUGUGCUGGUGAUGGAUGCUGGGCGUCUGGUAGAGUUCGACACACCGGACCGGUUACUCCGCAUUCCGGGCGGAUACUUCCGGCGGCUGGCCGAAGAGAACUGA